UCCCACUGAAUUUCGGAUUCCGUCGAAGGACUCGUGAGUCGGGAACUCCGUUGCCCAAGUUGGUUACUCAUCCUGGAAGAUGAAUGAUCAGGAGCUUGAAUUAGAGAAAGCUCGAUUGCUGAGCCUAGCGAUCAAAGUCGGAUUCGAUGAAGAAUCGGCCAAGAAAUGCUUGGAUCGUUUCGUCGCGCUUUACGGUGACGAUGGUCGGGAUUUCAUCACUGUGGAACACUGUGGCGAUGAUUUUCUUGCUGCGUUGGCUGAUUCAGUCAAAGAAACUGAGGAAUGGGAUGAUUUACAAGCCAUGGAAUCUGAAGCUCGUGGAACAUUGGCUGAGAUGUUUGAUAAAUCUGUUCCAAGUGAUAACGAAUCUGAGAAUGAGGACGAUGAUUUGACAAGUCAAGUUCACGUGAUAGAGGAUUCACCAGAGCCUAAGAGACGCACAGAAUUCAUGGAAUUGUAUUCUUCUAGUGACGUUGAAGAAGACAAUAAACGCUUUAGUAAAGCUCCAAAGAGAACGGAAUCAUGUUCCAUAAAGCACACCUCUAGAUCCACCGACUCUGCCAUGGAAGGUUCUGUUUUAUCAGUUUCAAGGAGAAAGCAGUCUUCUCAGAUACCAAAUGAAGAUCACGAGUUUCCGAGUUUCGAAGAGUUACAGGCAUUGGAUGAUCUGGAUUUUGCAAACUUAGUGAUUUUUGGUAAUAAGGCAUUUCGGCCACUGCAGCGUCAAGCAUGUAGAGCGUCACUGGUAAAGAAUGAUUGCUUUGUUCUGAUGCCGACUGGAGGGGGCAAAAGCCUUUGUUACCAGCUUCCUGCGACACUGAAAGCUGGUGUUACUGUGGUUGUAUCUCCUCUAUUGUCCCUCAUCCAGGAUCAGAUCAUUACACUGAACCUCAAAUUUGGAAUACCAGCGACUUUUCUCAACUCUCAGCAAACAUCUUCCCAAGCAGCAAACAUAACACAAGAGCUAAGAAGAGAUAAGCCGUCAUGUAAACUCUUAUACGUCACACCUGAGAGAAUUGCUGGAAAUUCGUACUUUAUGGAGACACUGAGGUGUUUGCAUUGCAAGGGUCUACUGGCAGGUUUUGUGGUCGAUGAGGCUCAUUGUGUGAGUCAAUGGGGACAUGACUUUCGGCCAGACUACAGGGAACUUGGGUGUCUAAAGCAGAACUUUCCGGAUGUUCCCGUGACGGCUUUGACAGCCACUGCAACUGAACCAGUCUGUCAGGACAUACUAAGAACUCUCCGAAUCCCCAGGGCGCUGGUUCUUAAGAUGAGCUUUGACAGACCUAACUUGACAUAUGAGGUGAUUGGCAAGACCAAGGAACCCCUGAAACAGCUAGGAGAACUGCUCAAGGACCGGUUCAAAAAUCAGUGCGGGAUCGUCUACUGUCUCUCGAAGAGUGAAUGCGUCGACGUUUCAAAGUUCCUUAAUGAGAAAUGCAAGGUGAAGGCAGUGUAUUACCAUGCCGGUUUGGCGGCGAAACAGAGAGUUGACGUUCAGAAGAAAUGGCACUCAGGGGAGGUCCAGAUUGUGUGCGCCACCAUUGCGUUUGGGAUGGGAAUAGACAAAGCAAACGUCCGUUUUGUUGUGCACAACACGAUGUCAAAAUCGAUAGAGAGCUACUACCAAGAGUCUGGAAGAGCAGGGAGGGACAACGCUCCCGCCGAGUGCGUUUGCUUGUACCAGAAGAAAGAUUUCAGCAGAGUGGUUUGCAUGUUGCGUAACGGGCAAGGCAGAAACAUGGAGAGGUUCAAGUUGGCAAUGGCCCAGGCCAAGAAGAUGCAGCACUACUGUGAGCUCAAGGCUGAAUGCAGAAGACAAAUGUUGCUGGAAUAUUUUGGAGAGAGCUUUGAUCGGAACAUGUGUAGAAAUGGUUCGAGCCCAUGUGAUAACUGUAUGAAGAGCUCCUGUCAAUGAUUUCAUGGAAAACCAAACAGAAAGCUACAUCAUGUCAUUGUGGGAUAUGAAUGAAUAUAUAUAUAUAUAUAUAUGCAAGCGUGUGUCUGUGUGUGUGUGUAUAAUAUGGGAAAAAUCAAGUAUUGUGGACAAAGCUACACCUGAAUUCAUGGACAUUCUUGUGGGCAGAAGUUGCCGGCAAGAGAGGACAAACGACAGGACACGUUCGGC